CAAGAGGGGGGAAAAUCGAAGGGGUUUGACGUAGACAGUGACGCACAAAGGACUGGACGGCGCGACAGUGGCGGAGGCCUGGGCUUGUGUGCGCCUGGCACGUCAGUGCGGCCAUAGCAUCACCGAGUCGCUGCCUGUAUGUACUCUCGGCUCGCAUUGGCCGGAAUAUCCGGUCGGGUGACGUCUGCGGGGACGCCGAGCCACCGAAGGAUAGGACCAAGUGCACCCACCACCUCGUCCUUUUUCCAUUCUUACCAAAAAAGCAGAAGAAAGAUCUACCAGUCGUUUCAUAUGACCACGGUGCUGCGGACCGGACAAAACCAAGCUCUUGCUCUGCCGCGUUUUUUUCCCUUCACUUUGACUUUAUAUGGAAUCGAGUUUUACGCUGGAUUGAAUAACUGCAUCAUAUCUUGUGGAUUUAUAUUAUAUUUUGCAAACAAAGGAAACCGGAGUCAUCCCGCCUUCUUUAUGCAUUUCCCUGAGUUAAAUAUGGAACUUUGCAGACGCGGGACUAUGGAGAAAGCCGCGUCCCGUCAGCGUUGGAGGAAAACCGGAUGUUUGGAAAAAGACAGCCGUGGCGGGCAAGGGUCGACGGAUCAAAAUACGCACAGUUACGCGGGAGCUGAAACUGAAUAUUUUGUGUUUGAUCCUGGAUGACGAACUCUUCCAAGGGGAUUUACGAAAUUCGGGAUUACAAAAUAUUUUUCUUCGGGUGGACAAACGUAAUCACUUGCCUCAACCGAUUGUCUGCAUUGUUUUUGUUUACCCAGCGCUGAUGGCCCACGUGGAGAAAUGAGCUAGCUCGACUGAACUGGGUAACGACCAAGAUCCGGGGAAUUGCUAGUGUGACUAGAAGACACUGCCGUCAAAGUGGACACUACAAGAACUCCGCGUUCGGGUUGGUUGCGCUACAGGCAGACAGUGCUACGAGCAUCUGAACACUCCUCCAGUACGCUCGACGGUAACACCCAACGCAGAAUGAUGCUGGUUGGGCCGGCUACGGCGACGAACUACCCCAUGCAUUCACAGGCAGGUCCGUCCAUACUAAACGUGGAUUUCGCCGACAUCUUUGACUAUCUCCAAGAAUCCGCAGAUCCAAGCACAGACACCCCGUGUACUUGCGGCGUUCAGGUGGAUGCGGAGACCAGCCAGGGUUUAUCGAGUCCACUCAGCCAAGCCAGCAGCUCCGGGGUCCAGGAUUCACCCCUGCCGCAGCACCCAUCGGCCGGCCACCCGAGGCCAGUCAUGCCCUCCUACGUCGGCAAGAUUGAAGUCAUGCCCGCUGGAUUCGCCCCCUCGGAAGCCGCUUUCCAAGCCAGCUACGAAGCCGGCAACUUGCCUCUGCCCAGUUUCCAAGAAACCUACGGGAAUUUUCUCAGUUUCGCCCUGGACCGGUCACCGUACGGCGAAGAUAGUGAGUACGCGUCGCUCACGCCACUAGGCGGCGCCGCUACUGACGGAAUGGAGUUCUCAGUCAUGUCUGACGCCAACCAGAACUUAGUCAGCUCCGCUAUGUUGCCUGUCACGUCAUCGUAUAACGCCAGCGAAACUGAGACAUACCAUCAUCCCCAACAGCAGCAACAUCAUCCACAACAACCACCACAACCACAGCCACAGCCACAGAAUCAGUACAGCAGUCAUCAGCAGCGGAUCAGCCCACGAACCUGCUCCGUCAGCUCGCCAGUCUACACUUCAGCUCCACAGCCGGCUAGUUUCCAGUACAGCCUAUCUCAAGCCGACACCCAACCGUCCUACUCGGGUCUGGGCAGCGUCAACUACCCCCGGGAUCCGAUCCCUCCACCGCAGCCACCAGCCCAGUCCUACAGCGGUUACACCGGGGCGAGUGGCGGGCAAGGUGUGUCCGGUGUGUCGGUCCCCGAGCCUCCCCGCAGCCUAGGCUCCUUCCCGUCCCCCACGCCGCAGGGGUGGGCAAGUGAGCUGGGGAAUGUGGGCGAUGAGUUGGGGAUGCCGCCUCACACCGUGCCGCCACCGCCUCACCGCUCCGUUGUCAUGCACUCGGAACUCUCCGCUCCGCGCUACGACAGUCUAGACAUCAAGCCACUCCCGUUACCUUACCCCUCCGUGUCCAUGGGUGCCAGCAUGAACCCACCACCGCCACCUCCUCUCUGCUCCAACCAGGGAACCAUGCACAUGGGAUCUUCUCUUCGAGGUAGGAAGCCAAACCCCAUCCAGCUCCCCAUCUGUACAGAGUCCGCCUCUCUACCGAGCGCCAGUCAUCAUCAUCACCACCAUCACACGAAGGGCUCACCGGGCCACGAGGGCAUGCUUUGUGCCGUGUGCGGUGACAGUGCCGCUUGCCAGCAUUACGGAGUCCGCACCUGCGAAGGCUGUAAAGGCUUUUUCAAGCGCACUGUCCAGAAAAAUGCCAAGUAUGUCUGCCUUGCCACGAAGAAUUGCACGGUAGAUAAGCGUCGACGAAACCGGUGCCAGUACUGUCGGUAUCAGAAAUGCCUCGCCGUCGGCAUGGUCAAAGAAGUUGUUCGAACAGCGAGUUUGAAGGGUCGUCGCGGUCGCCUCCCGACAAAGCAGCGACCGUCACACGAUGUGUCGCCGCCCUCACCGCCCAUUAGCCUCAUCACCGCACUGGUCCGUGCUCACGUCGAUGCGUCACCCGCCAAAGCCAACCUCAACUACGAUCAGUUCCAAUUGCCAGACGUCAGCAGCAGCCCGCCCUCAACGACAGAUCAACUCAAACAGUUCUACGACAACUUCUGCUCCUCCAUGGAGGUGCUGAGAGCUUGGGCGCGUAAGGUGCCGGGCUUCAGCGAGCUGUGUGAGGAAGACCAGGAGCUGCUCUUCCAGUCAUCUUGUCUUGAACUGUUCGUACUCAAGAUGGCCUACAGACUAAACCAGAACGACAACCUCGUCAUCUUCUGCAACGGCAACGCCCUGCACCCCCAGCAGUGCGAGCGAGGCUUCGGUGAGUGGCUUGAAGACAUCCGGGCAUUCUCCAAAGUUCUGUCCUCCCUGGAGGUCGACAUCUCGACCUUCGCCUGCCUGUCUGCUCUGGUUCUUGUAACCGAGCGACACGGAAUGAAAGACCCCGCCAAAGUCAGCCAGCUGCAGAACCGCAUCAUUGGCUGCCUAAACGAUCACGUGACCUUCAACACGUCUGCACCGAAUCGGGCCAACUUCCUCUCGCGCAUCCUUCUCCAGCUGCCCGAACUGCGCGUGCUCAGCCAGAAGGGCCUGCAGAGACUCUACUCGCUGAAGGUGGAGGGCGCUGUCCAAGCUCCAGCAAUGGUAGAGAAAAUGUUCCAGCCCAAUUUACCAUACUGAAAUCUCACGACACCCAGACAAACUGAAGUGCUUAAUGUUAUGUAUAAAUAUGUACCUACUCACAAACAUCUACAGGUUAAAAACACAUACGCUUCAAUAUGAAUCUCACUAAAAGUACUUAAAACCAGAGAGAUCUUGCGUCAAAACACAAAGAUUUUUUUUUUAUAUUUGGCAUCCAAAUGCGGAUAAUCUGUUAUAUGAAUAUUUUUGAGUAAACCAAAAUUUCAGAUUUGUACAAAAAAAAGCGAAAAACUUAAUUGUGUAAAUAAAAGGACCGGAGUGUAUCCAUUGAAUGGAAUGUAGCACAACGAUCGUACUUAUAAAAAGAAAUGCUGUGAUGAUCAUUUCAGAACUGGCUUUCUCGGCAGCUGAAAUGAAACUCUUCUUAUUUGUUGAGUUAAAUUGAGAGACAAAAAAGUGCCUGAAAUAUCAAAAGGCAGGAAUAUACAUUAAAUUAUAUUUCUGAAUUUCGGGUGAAUGCAAUCACUGCUUGGUGGAAGUGUAAGCUGCGAUUUAUAAACCUCUUUUCUUUACAAGAGUGGCCCAGCUAAGCAGUUGGUCCUCUGUUUUGUUUUUCCUUUCCACGCGCGAUUUGAUUAAAGUUUCCACGCCAAAUUUAAACUGUGAAACCUUAUGCAGUUUUAUUAAUUUAUUUGGGGAAAGUGGGAUGGAUUAGACUCGUUGAUUGUAUCCAUACCCUACAGCCUUUCUUUAUAUCAUUUAACUUUUAAUUUUCAAUGCAUUUAAUUGACCUACUAAUGCUGCGGUGGCUGAAUUUCUACUGUGUAGUAAACGUUGGGGGAAAGUAUAGUUAAGUAAAAUGGUUUCUUAAGAAGAUGCAAGAAAAGCUAUGAAUGGUUAAGUUAGCACACAUAUUCAAUUGUGUUGCCUGACUGUCAGUGUCUGUGUGGCUCAAUGCCACGGCUCCUAAACUGCCAAUCGCGAUGUACAAAAUGUCUAUUGAAAAACUUACGACGUCGUGUGUGCCGUCACAUCGACGUCAUCACCUGUAAUUACUUGUUUCUAUGGAAAUAUGUAAAUUGAACUUCACCGAAAUUGUAUAAAAAUAAUGUCGCACCAAAGUGUUCAGCCUAUGUGUGAAGUGAUAUUUUGUCCGCACUGAAACAUAUUCUCAUCACAGUGGAUUCAAUGUCUAACAUUUUCUAAGUGUUUUUAAGAAGUGAACUCAAGAUAUAGGUUCAUAAUUUAUUAUAAUGUAAAAUGUUGUCAUAAAAAAACCUAAAGAUUACUCACGUAAAUUUAUAUAUGGUCUUACCACCGCACUGUCAACGAAGAUGUUUAUCUUGUCGUGUAUAUUUACAUACUCAGAUAUUUCUGCACUGAUUUUUUAUACUGCAUUGUCAUAGUAACAAAGGUGUGUUGUGUCGCCGGGAAAAAAACCCACUCCCUUUUUUCACAUCAAAUGCUUGUUCCGGGUUAAUUUAUUCUGUCAUGUGUCUGGAGGUGUAAUGUGCAAAUGGCUUAGUUGACAGUCUUUCAAAAAUUUGGUCACGAAGAAUACUUAUUGCAUCCCAUGCAUCACCUUGUGUACAAUUAACCUUUCCUGCAAUGUUUCUCGCAGUAAUGCUUACUAUACCAACAACUCAGUUAAAUUGUUUUCACAUUUAUAUUUAAAAAAAAUAAUAACUUGCAACGUACAGUAAGCAGGGUGUUUAUUUUGUACAUAUUAAAAUAUUACCGUUAUUUUACGUGUACAUUAUGUAACAUACGCAGCCAGUAAAUUGGUUGGCUCUGUCGGCAAUUUCCUUCUUUUUUUUUUAGAAGCAACAGUGAAAUUGAUAAUGAAAAUUAUUGGAAUGUUUUUGCAAUUUUUGGGUGUUUGUCUGUUCGGUAUGGAUGUACAUUCGUUCGAUAGAUUUUUCUAUAUUUACCGCCUAGGGAUAAAGAUUAUGAUCAGUUUGUUUAAUCGUUGGAGAAGCGGAAGGGACUUACAAUUAUGUCCCCUUGAAGUUGAAUUUCGAUGUUAUUAUUUUGAUUUUAAUUGUCAUUUUAUACAGUUGGAAAUGUGACAAACUAAAAGUACAUUGUGAAUUGUGAAGAUGUGAAUUUUUGGUGUAAUGUGUACCCAGUACCCAAAAGUAGCCCCUUGUGAUUUCUGAGUUGAGUUUGAUUUGAUUUUAAUAUCGGUGCUAUCUUGCCAGGUGUAUUUCGUACGUUAUUAUUUUUCAGUUCGUUGGCAACAGUAAAUCGUAUUUUAAGAGUAGGCACGGAUCAUCACAGUCUGUUUGGAUUGGUUCUAAAGUGCUACAACGAAAAAACGUAGUUUUUAUUGUGGAUGUUCGUUUAAAGAUUGUAUUCCCCCUGUGGCCAAGCUAAACACCUUUUCCCCUUUUCGGUGUAAAACGUACUGACUGUAAAAGAUUUUAUAUCAAUGUUCAUCUGACACUUGAAUAAAAACAGAAACGAAAAAUGUA